AAUUACGUCACGGAGGCGUCGCCGGUAGAAGAUGGAGGCCUCUGGACUGACAGCCAACAACAAGAUGAGAACAGGAAUAGGUGCUUCUGUAGCUGGUAGUCCCCAGCCUGGCAAGGGGCGAGAAUAUAACCGUAACCAGCGCAAAGAUUCCGAGGGUUACUCUGAGUCACCAGAUCUUGAAUUUGUAUAUGCUGAUGCUGACAAGUGGGCCGCAGAGCUGUCAGAACUGUACAGCUACACAGAAGGUCCAGAGUUCCAGCUAAACAGGAAAUGCUUUGAAGAGGAUUUCAAAUUACAUGUUCCCGAUAAGAAAUGGACAGAGCUUGAUGUUUCUCAGCAGCAAGCUCACACCAUGCAUCUUCUGGAUGCACUGGAGGUCACAGCUAGGGAAAAGAGACUCAAGAUGGCACGAGCCAUUCUGUACAUAGCACAAGGCACUUUUGGGGAGUGUAACUCUGAAGCUGAAGUCCAAACUUGGAUGCGACAUAAUAUCUUCUUACUGCUAGAAGCUGGAGCAUUUAAUGCUUUGGUGGAACUUCUGAACAUGGAAGUUGAAAACAGUGCUGCUUGCAGCAACGCAGUGAGAAAGCCUGCCAUCUCGUUAGCCGACAGCACUGACUUGCGGGUACUGUUGAACAUUAUGUAUUUGAUGGUGGACACCCUGCGUGAAGAUGGUGAAAAUGAUAGUGCAGACUGGAAAGCCAUGAGGGAAACCUUUCGUGCAGAGCUGGGUGCUCCUUUGUAUAACAAUGAGCCCUUUGCUGUAAUGCUUUUUGGUAUGGUCACAAAGUUCUGUAGUGGGCAUGCUCCUCAUUUCCCCAUGAAGAAAGUACUACUGCUACUGUGGAAAACUGUGUUGUGCACCCUUGGCGGGUUUCAGGAACUGCAAGAGAUGAAAUCCCAAAAACGGGGGAUUCUAGGUCUGCCUCCCCUUCCUGAAGACAGCAUUAAAGUUAUCCGGAAUAUGAGAGCUGCAUCUCCUCCAGCAUCAGCAUCUGACCUCAUUGAACAACAACAAAGGAGAGGUCGACGGGAGCAUAAGGCUCUCAUUAAGCAGGAUAACCUUGAUGCUUUUAAUGAAAGAGAUCCUUACAAAGCAGAUGAUUCCCGUGAUGAAGAGGAGGAGAAUGAUGAAGAUAACAGCCUUGAGGGAGAGCCAUUUCCAUUGGAGCGGGAGGAAGUAAUGCCUCCAUCUGUAACUAACCCCUCCACUGACCGCCUGGCCUUCCCUAAGGGCUUGCCUUGGGCACCCAAAGUGAGGGAGAAAGAUAUUGAGAUAUUCUUGGAAUCUAGUCGUAGUAAAUUCAUUGGAUACACGCUGGGAAAUGACACGGAUACAGUAGUUGGCUUACCACGUCCAAUACAUGAGAGUAUUCGUACCUUAAAACUGCACAAGUACACCUCUAUAGCUGAGGUUCAAAUUCGGCAGGAAGAAGAGUUUGUAAGGUGUCCUCUCUCUGGAGGGGAAGAAGAAGUUGAGCAGGUUCCUUCAGAAAUACUGUACCAAGGACUUCUUCCCAGUCUACCCCAGUAUAUGAUUGCGUUGCUAAAGAUCCUUCUUGCUGCUGCCCCUACCUCGAAAGCCAAGACCGAUUCUAUUAAUAUUCUAGCGGAUGUGCUACCUGAAGAGAUGCCGACAACGGUUCUGCAGAGCAUGAAACUUGGAGUAGAUGUGAAUCGACACAAAGAGAUUAUUGUUAAGGCGAUUUCUGCUUUGCUUCUCCUGCUACUGAAACACUUCAAACUAAAUCAUGUUUAUCAGAUGGAGUACAUGGCACAGCAUCUGGUAUUUGCAAACUGUAUUCCUUUAAUACUUAAAUUCUUUAAUCAGAAUAUCAUGUCUUACAUCACUGCUAAGAACAGUAUUUCCGUUUUGGAUUAUCCUUACUGUGUGGUCCAUGAGCUGCCAGAGUUGACUGCUGAGAGUUUGGAAGCAGGAGACAAUAAUCGGUUCUGUUGGAGAAAUUUGUUUUCCUGCAUAAACCUUCUACGCAUCUUGAACAAACUGACAAAGUGGAAGCAUUCAAGAACAAUGAUGCUUGUGGUUUUCAAGUCUGCCCCUAUCUUAAAAAGGGCUCUUAAGGUUAAACAGGCCAUGAUGCAGUUAUAUGUGCUAAAACUGCUUAAAGUCCAAACUAAAUAUCUAGGCAGACAAUGGAGGAAAAGCAACAUGAAAACAAUGUCGGCAAUUUACCAGAAAGUCCGGCACCGUCUGAAUGAUGAUUGGGCUUAUGGGAAUGACCUGGAUGCCCGUCCUUGGGACUUUCAAGCUGAAGAAUGUGCCCUCAGGGCAAACAUUGAACGUUUCAACUCACGGCGUUAUGACCGGACACACAGAAAUCCUGACUUUCUCCCUGUUGAUAACUGUCUUCAGAGUGUCCUGGGGCAGCGAGUAGAUCUGCCAGAUGAUUUUCAGAUGAACUAUGACCUCUGGCUGGAAAGAGAAGUGUUUUCAAAACCUAUAUCUUGGGAGGAGUUGUUGCAGUGAUUUUGUAUUGAUUGACACUCCAAUACCUAUAACACUAUUUUAUGUCCCAAAGCAUCCAGAUUCCUACAAUAGUGCUUAUUGUAAGUAGGAUCUCUUGUCCCUCCAGUGUUGGCUAUGAACAUUUUUAAUGAGUCAGUGAGUGCCUCUAUGUUCCAUAAAAUGUGGAGUUGGUUCAUAUUCUUUAUUUGUUAUUUAUGUUCCAUAUGUCACAUUCCUAUGGUAUAUCUGCCAGAACAGUCUUUUUAAAUAUAUUUGUGGAUUAUGUUUGCAUUAAAAUGAUUGGGAUUCUUAGA